AUGUCUCAUCGUUCGCUAUUGAAACCCUUGCAUUCAUAUAUGCGCCUAUCUAUAGCUCCGUCUAUUCACCUGAAUCAUGUGAGACGUGCUUCACUCAACUCGGCCAUUGGUCGUGGUAUCCGCAAGACCCGGGGCUUCGAUGGUCCAUCUUCGUCGCGAAAUUCAUAUGAUUCUGACUUUGAACGGCCGUACAGAGAAAGGAGGGACCCCAAACCGAAUAGAACAGAAAAGAAAACUCAGGGCAGAAAUUGGGUCGACGGUGAAUUCGAUGAAGAUGAAUUUAUUAGGACAGGAAAUUUCCGCGCACUGCCUCGUGAACACCAACGCUUUCAGAGCAGUAAGAGGUUGUCGAAUAAUGAAGACAGAGGAUAUGAUAACCGUGAGACUAGCGACAGACCUCAUGACAAACGCCACCAACGCUUUCAGAGCAGUCAGAGGUCGUCGAGGAAUGAAGUCAGGGGAUACGAUGACCGUGAGACUAGCGACAGACCUCAGGACAAGCGUUACCCUCGCCGAGCGGAACCACCGAAACACCACCGUGCCACGGAGAGAGUACCAGAGCGGGUAAAGGAAAAUGUGCAAGUCCCUGACGCAAUCCCAUACACGACACCGGCAUCGGAAUUCAUCUAUGGAACCAGCGCAGUGGAGGCUGCACUACGCUGUAGCAGACGUCGUCUGUACAAAUUAUAUGUGUAUCAGGCCGCUGGCGAAGAACUGAGCCCUGCCAAGGUUGCACUGCGCAAAUUGGCACUUGUAAAGAAUGUCAAAGUUAAGAUGGCCUUCGGUGGAUGGGACCGGCUUCUUGACAAAAUGAGUGCUGGUCGACCUCAUAAUGGCUGCGUCCUUGAAGCGUCCCCUCUGCCAAGAUUGCCAGUGAGGGGCUUGAAGAGUGUUCCAUCUGUGAAGGAGGAGGAUUUUGGUGUGGAAUUGGGCGCUCAAUCACGAGAAGAAGCAUUGGUGAAUAGUACGAACGACAAGCUUAAAAUCCAUCAUUGGGAUCACAGAACAAGGUACCCUGUUGUAUUAUUACUCGACGGGAUUGUGGAUCCUGGAAACCUGGGUGCUAUCAUUCGCUCCGCGUAUUAUCUUGGUGUCGAUGCUAUAAUAUUCGCUGGUCGAAACUCGGCACCUUUGUCUCCUGUGACAAUCAAGGCCUCGGCUGGAGCGGCUGAGAAUAUGUCUCUUCUUGAAGUGAGCAACGAAGUGGACUUCAUCCAGCGUUCCAAAGCCAAUGGAUGGAAAUUUUACGCAGCAGAUGCCCCAGGUCCAGCUUCCAAAUAUGUGGACAAUACUUCUAUUGUCGAGGGUAAAGGUACGACCGAAGGGGGACAUUUUAGCACCCAAUCGCCUUGCGUUAUUAUGAUGGGGAGCGAGGGAUCCGGAUUGAGUCGUCACAUUAAGUCGCACGCGGACUCUAUCGUGAGCAUCCCUGGAGCCAGACUUACUACGCCCCUUGGUGUCGAGUCUGAUCCUUCUAGAGUGGACAGCCUUAACGUCAGUGUGGCAGCGGCGCUGCUGAUGGAAAUGUUUCUACGUGUACCACUUGCGGUAGCCGAUGUGCGUCCGAAGAAAUCUCGGUGA